CCGGUGACGUUCCCGGAGUUUGUUUACGUCCCUCUCAGACUUAGCGCCGGGCUCCUCCAUCUCGGACUCCAAGAUGGGGAAGUCGUUCGCCAAUUUCAUGUGCAAAAAGGACUUCCACCCUGCGUCCAAAUCCAACAUCAAGAAGGUAUGGAUGGCAGAACAGAAAAUAUCAUAUGAUAAAAAGAAACAAGAAGAAUUAAUGCAACAGUACCUUAAAGAACAAGAGUCAUAUGAUAACAGAUUGCUUAUGGGAGAUGAGCGUGUAAAGAAUGGCCUGAAUUUCAUGUAUGAGGCCCCACCAGGAGUUAAAAAAGAAAACAAAGAGAAAGAAGAAACGGAAGGAGAGACAGAAUACAAGUUUGAAUGGCAGAAAGGUGCUCCGAGAGAAAAAUAUGCCAAAGAUGACAUGAACAUCAGAGAUCAGCCCUUUGGUAUUCAGGUUCGAAAUGUCAGGUGUAUUAAAUGUCACAAGUGGGGUCAUGUGAACACAGAUCGAGAAUGUCCCUUGUUUGGUCUUUCUGGAAUCAAUGCAAGUUCUGUUCCUACUGAUGGCUCAGGGCCGUCGAUGCACCCCUCGGAGCUAAUAGCGGAGAUGAGAAACAGUGGGUUUGCACUGAAACGAAAUGUACUGGGGAGAAACUUGACCGCAAAUGAUCCAUCACAGGACUAUGUUGCGAGUGACGGUGAAGAAGACCCUGAAGUUGAGUUCUUAAAGUCUCUGACAACCAAACAGAAGCAGAAGCUACUCAGGAAAUUGGAUAGACUUGAAAAGAAAAAAAAGAAAAGGAAAUGUGAUAAGAAAAAGAAGAAGUUACAGAAGAACAGAAGUAAACACAAAAAACAUAAAAACAAAUCCCCUUCCUCCUCCUCCUCCUCCUCUUCCUCCUCCUCCUCCUCCUCCUCCUCCUCCUCCUCUUCCUCCUCUGACACUUCAGAAAGCAGCAUCGAGAGUGACAGCAAGGAAAAGACGAGAGAGAAGGAGAAGAGGAAGAAAAAGAGGAAAACCAAAAGUUCAGGAAGUAAAGCUAAUGACUCUAAAGAGGACACGUCUAAGAACAAACUUCACGAAGAACUUUCUAGCAGUCACAGCGACAGAGGAAAAGCCAAGGAAAAGUUAAGGCUUCUAAAACGAGAGAGUUUUGGGGAGAAUAGCAAAGAUGUCCACUCUGGUUCUGACCGAAAGUCCGGAAGCCAUCGUCAUAGUCCAGAGAGGAAAGGGUCUGACAGAAACGGGGGAGUCCGAAGUCACCACAGGGCUGAGAGCAGCAGCAGGAGAAGCCGGAGCAGGAGUCCUGGUGGUCACAGGCAAAGGGAGAUGAGGAACUGGCCACCGUGGAGUCCUAAUGAAGAGCGGACCAGGAGAAAAGACACCAGAAACCAUGGCGACGGUGAAUACAGAAGAGACAGUGCACGGUGAGCACCCAGGAGGUAGAGGGAACGGCGGAGGGACAGCUGCCUGGGAGAAAGGACUCCAUUUUUUUACUGAAUGUCUUCAGCAAGGGCUAACUUGCACAUUAGUAUCUAAUAAAAAAGAGUCUCUUAAUUUUCCAUCUCCAUAAAUUGUCAUUUCAAGUGUGACAGCGCCUGAGUACCACAAGGUUGAGUUCGCAGGUAUUUGUAGGGACUCUGUUUAGAGGAUAGAAAGUUGUCUCUGUUGGUAGCUGUUUCUUAUACCUUGUACCAGAUUUAAAAUAUGUAAGUCAUUGUGAUUUUGUUGUUUUGAAAUACCAUUAAAACAGUGACAACCUUGAAUGAUUAUCAAUUCAAAUUUGUUAUUUUAAGAUUUGAAUUUACUUGAAGCAAAAUGUAAUUGAUGAAAUUCAGUAGAGUAAAUAAAACACUGGCUAUCAACCAGUAUUUCCUUAAGACUUAAAACCCUGUAUUUUUGUCUGCAGAGUAUGAUAUUAGUAAUUGAAUGUCCUCUUACUUGUCCAUGUUGGCAUACAAAAUUACUUGAAACUUAACAGUUGUGAAAAUCAGAAUUCUGACAUAGGUCUCACUAGGAUAAAGUGAAGUCAUAAGCAGAACUGUCUCCCUUCUGUGCAGCCAGGCUUGGCAUCUGGCUCCCUUUUCUGCAGUUCAAGGCUAACAGAGGAGGCAAGUCUUUCCUACAUCUGGUCACCCUGACACCAAGUCUGCAUCCUUCUUCCACUUGGUAAGGACCCUUGGGAGUACAGUGGGUCCACCUGACGAGUCCAGAAUGAUCUCCACACUUAAGAUCAGCUGAUCUGAACCGUAAUUUAUCUGCACCUGCAAUUUUCCUUUUUCAUAUAAUGUACCAUAUUCACAGGUACCAGGCCUUGGAGACAUAUAUAUCUUUUGGUGAAUGGUUAUUCUGCCUACCGCAAUAGCCUUUCUGAUGUUAGACAUUACAAGUUGUUGUUUUUCUGAAAGGUAAAACAUUUAUAUUACAAAAUACAAAGAAACAAUAUAAACUAGAUAUAUUUUACUUAAAAGUUGGAGGGGGUCCUCUUCUUUGAAACAGGGUCUCACUAUCACCGUGUAGCCCUUGCUAGCCUGGAGCUCACUAUGUAGACCAAGCCAAUAUAUAAAAUGGUUUCAUUUGUUGUUGUUUUUUUAAAUUUAGCUACAAUUUUUGCUAUAUGUGCCAAAGAAUUAGUAAAGGAAAACUGGAAAUUUUUAAUGCAAAUUACAGAUACCAUGCAGUUCAAUUUUUUUUUCCUAUUGUGAAUGUAUUAAAUAUUUCUUUUAUCAGGGUUUCACUUUUUUAAAGCAUCCCUCAGUUAGUACAAAAAUACUGAUUUUGAUGGCGGUCACAGUUUCCAAGUUCUGAAGAAAAUAGAUUUGAAAGGAGUUAAAACUACUCCAUGUCUACUCCUUGACUAUGUACAGGGAAGCAGCUGGCCUGUGAUGUAGCUGUGUUGACGAUGUAAAUAGCCCUUUGAUUAUGCAGACGGAGGAAACUGGAGAGGAACUGAGCUCCUUCACACAUCCUCUAAUGUCUUCCAGCUCACCUCAGAGAUCCUGCUCCUUCACUUUAAAAAGCAUGCAUUUGAAAUUGAUAAAGGCUAAUUUACACCCUGA